AUGUCGGUAACACCAGAUAUACUGCAUCAAGUAUAUCAGGGUGUCUUUAAACACCUCGUUUCUUGGUGUCACGACCUUCUAGGGCCUACAGAACUAGACCGCCGUCUCCGCUCCCUUCCUCCCGCGUUCGGCGUCCGCCACUUCAAACACGGGAUUUCUUCGCUGGCGCAGGUAUCCGGGAAGGAACGCAAAGAGAUGGCGAAGGUGCUCUUGGGGUGCUUGAUAGGGAAGAUCCCGAAGCCCGUCAUGAUCGCGUUUCGCUCACUGUUAGAUUUUAUCUAUCUUGCACAGUAUCCCACCCACGAUGACGACACCCUACGCUACCUCACCGACGCGCUCGACACUUUCCACAAGCAUAAAGACGUCCUUGUCAAGCUCGGGAUCCGAGAUUCCCUGAAUAUACCGAAGAUUCACAGCCUCCUCCACUAUGCUGAAUCCAUCCGACUCUACGGCACAACAGACAAUUACAACACCGAAGCCUUCGAGAGGCUACACAUUGAUUUCGCAAAAGAUGCAUGGCGCGCAACGAAUCAUCGCGACGAGUUCCCGCAGAUGGUCAAGUGGAUCUCGCGUCGGGAAAAAAUCACUAUGUACGAGGAGCGUCACCGUGCUCCGGCAUUCAAGAACGCGCUCCUUCGACUCAUCAAUGACUUACAGCCAGAAGAACUCAGAAUCGGCCGACGCCACUUGGAAGAGACAUGGGUACCGUUCGACCGUGUUGACGUCUACCAUAAAUUCCGGUUCAAGCGUUACGAACUGCUGGAUGGCAAGGAUGAAAUGGAUGAAGUGAAGGCGGUCCCUGCCACGAGGCAGGGUCGGAAGAAUCGAUUCGAUACCAUCAUCGCGUUGCAAAAUGAAGAGGCAGAGUCAACAGGCAUCAGAGGUACUAGAGCCGGAAGGGUCAAAGUAAUCUUCACAUUGCCCAGGAAGUUGUCCGCCGUCCAUGGAAAUGGUCCUGCCCCUUCGUGGUGGCCAAAAGGACCACUCGCUUAUGUCGAGUGGUACGCCCCGUUCUCUAGUGCCGCCGACCCAACUCAUCUUAUGUACACCGUGCGCAAAUCCGCUCCUCGCGCCGACGGCUUACCCCACGCCUCGAUCAUACCCCUCGAACAAAUCACUCAAUCUUGCCAGCUAUUGCCAUCUUUCCCGGAGGGCCCCAAUGGCGUGGUUCCCGACAACUGGACGUCAGACAACGUCUUGGACCUCGCGCGAACUUUCUACUUGAAUAAUUGGGCAAGCAUGUACAGCUAUCAAACACUUUGGUAG